AUGUCGAAAAUCAUCCACAGGUUGAAGGAUCUCACAGACUUUUCUCCAGAAUCACCUCCUCGCACACACCAAAGAUCUUUCCUUUGGAAGUGCGGACGCCUUGAUACCUCUGACCAGCCCACCAUUGAAUCAGUGCCACGAUGCGUUGCUGAAGGCGGAAAUGUUCUUCUACUCGUUCACAAUCCACCAGAGAAUAUUCUAGGCUAUGUCUGGUUCAAGGGAAGGGCUAACUUCAAGAAUAUUGUGGCCACCCGGUUAAUACAAGAUAUGAAAGCAACUGUGUGGGGACCUGCAUACAGUGGCAGAGAGACAUUGCACAGUGAUGGAUCCCUACUGCUUAAUCAUGUCACUCAGAAAGACUCUGGCUUGUACACGCUACGAAUCUUGAGAACAGAUGCAGGAAGUGAAUACACACAAGUGCAACUCCAGGUGGACACUUCCCAUUCUCAGUUCUGCAACCCUUUCGCUUCUUCCCAACUCAUGAUCCAACCGGUGCCUCGUGAUGCAGCUGAAGGGGAAGAUGUAGUUCUCCAAGUUUAUAAUCUUCCAGAAGAUCUGAAAGCCUUUUCCUGGCACAGAGCAACCUAUAGAGCUCCAACCCUUCAUAUUGUAAAAUACAACAGAGCCACAAAUUCCAUCUCCUGGGGGCCUGAACACAGAAUCAGAAAAACCAUAUACAGUAAUGGAUCUCUGAUACUCUGGGAUCUCACUGAGAAAGAUGCAGGAAUCUACACACUAAUAGUUUUGGGCAAAGGUUUCAAAAUUGCAAGACAAUAUGGCGAAUUUUUUAUAAAGAAGAAUGUCACACAGCCCUUUGUGCAAAUCACUGACACCUCAGUCUCUGGAGGUACAUCUGUGAUCUUCACCUGCAUUUCACCGGACACUGAUGUCUCCAUCCGUUGGAUCUUCAAUGAGAAGAAUCUUCAGCUCACAGAGAGGAUGACUCUGUCUCCUACAAAGUGUGGACUCAAAAUAGAUCCUGUCAGGAGAGAGGAUGCUGGAGAGUACAGGUCCUCCAUUUUAACCUCCUGGCACCCGUCUUCCACUGCCAGUGUGACCAUUGAAUUACUGCCAACUCCAGUGGCCGAAGGAGAUGACGUCCUUUUCCUUGUCCACAAUCUGCCAAAGGAUAUUAUAGACGUUACCUGGUUCAAAGGGCGGGAAAAAGAGAAACAACAAAUUGCACUGUAUGUACUGCACAAAAAUUUAAGUAUGCCAGGUCCUAUACACAGCGGGAGAGAGAUAAUAUAUCACAAUGGAUCCCUGCUUCUUGAAAAGGUCACCCAGAACGAUACAGGAUUCUAUUCCCUACGAACCUAUACUAGAGGAAGAAAAUUUGUAUCAACGGUACCCAUGUACCUCCACGUGCACGCUUUCCUUUGGAAGUGCGGACGCCUUGCUACCUUUGGCCAGACCACUAUUGAAUCAGUGCCAUCCAGCAUUACUGAAGGGGGAAGUGUUCUUCUACUCGUUCACAAUCCACCAGAGAAUAUUUUAGGCUUUGUCUGGUUCAAAGGAAUGGCUGAUUACAAGAAUAUUGUGGCCACCCGGUUUAUACAAGAUAUGAAAGCAACUGUGUGGGGACCUGCAUACAGUGGCAGAGAGACAUUGCACAGUGAUGGAUCCCUGCUGCUUCACGGUGUCACUCGGAAAGACUGUGGAUUGUACAUUCUAAAAAUUCUGAGAACAGAUAAGGGAAGUGAAUACACACAAGUGCAACUCCAGGUGGACACUCCCCAUUCUCAGUUCUGCAACCCUUUCACUUCUUCCCAACUCAUGAUCCAACCGGUGCCUCGCUAUGCAGCUGAAGGGAAAGACGUAGUUCUUCAAGUUUAUAAUCUUCCAGAAGAUCUGAAAGCCGUUUACUGGCACAAGGCAACAUACAGAACUCCAGUUUUUAAAAUUGUAAAAUACACCAGAGCCACAAAAUCCAUCUCCUGGGGGCCUGAACACAGAAUUAAAAAGACAGGAUACAAUAAUGGAUCUCUGAUACUCAGGGAUCUCACUGAGAAAGAUGCAGGAAUCUACACACUAACAGUUUUAAAAAAAGAUUUCAAAAUUGAAAGACUAUACGUGGAAAUUGAUGUAAAGAAGAAUGUCACACAGCCCUUUGUGCAAAUCACUGACACCACAGUCUCUGGAGGUACAUCUGUGAUCUUCACCUGCAUUUCACCGGACACUGAUGUCUCCAUCCGUUGGAUCUUCAAUGAGAAAAAUCUUCAGCUCACAGAGAGGAUGACUCUGUCUCCUACAAAGUGUGGACUCAAAAUAGAUCCUGUCAGGAGAGAGGAUGCUGGAGAGUAUCAGUGUGAGGUUUCCAACCAA